CAAUUGCGUUUUCAUUAAUCAAAAUUCAAAACCCACUUGGCAUCGGUGCUUUGCUUCUUCUCUCUUUCUUUGGGUGCUUAAUCAUGGAAACUUACAGAUGAGAUGAGUGAACAAGCUUUCUCUUUGCAAGCAAAACAUUUGUGUAGUCUGAGCUGAUCAGGUCGGUGGUGCCCUGUUCUGUCUUUGAAUUGGUCUCCUUUUAAAUUUCCUUUGUCUCUGUUUCGCACUACUUCUCCUCCUUUUGUUUUUCAACUCGGAAACUUCAUUUUAACUCACUUCUUCUUCACCAUCUCCAACUCAGAUACCCCAUAAUUAAAAAAACAUUCUGCAAUUUUUAUUUUUAUUUUUGCAUUCCCAAUCUGUAGUUUCUGUGUUAGAGUUUAGUUUCAAGUUUUAAGCUGGAAAGGAGGGAUUUUUUUCUGUUUGGAAUCAAUUAGCUUGCUGAUGGGAGGUAAAAGCUCAAAAGGGUCAAGAGGGAGAGAUUAUUCUUCUUAUGGUUCAGCCAAUUCUUCAUCUUCAUGGAAUCAAUAUGGAUAUCCUCCAGCAUCAUCAUAUCCAUCUCCUCAACAUGAUCCCUAUUGGACACAACAACAUCACCAUGCACCUGCUCCUAAUCCAUCUUAUCCUUAUGAAUCACAAAUGCCCCCCCAACAACCACACAAGAGGCUGGACAGGAAAUACUCGAGAAUAGCUGAUAAUUACCAGACUUUGGAUCAGGUGACUGCUGCUCUUGCUCAAGCUGGCUUAGAGUCUUCUAAUCUCAUUGUUGGAAUUGACUUCACAAAAAGCAAUGAGUGGACAGGUGCAAGAUCAUUCAAUCGACGAAGCUUACAUGAUAUUAGAAAUGGUCAAAAUCCGUAUGAACAAGCAAUAUCAAUUAUUGGCAGGACUAUGUCUGCAUUCGAUGAGGAUAACUUAAUUCCAUGUUUUGGAUUUGGAGAUGCAUCUACACAUGAUCAAGAUGUCUUUAGUUUCUUUCCUGAAGAGAGAUUCUGUAAUGGAUUUGAGGAAGUGCUGACACGAUACAAAGAAAUUGUUCCCAACCUUCGGCUCGCUGGACCGACAUCUUUUGCACCUGUUAUUGAAAUGGCCAUUACUAUUGUUGAGCAAGGUGGUGGGCAAUACCAUGUUUUACUGAUAAUUGCUGAUGGACAGGUGACUAGAAGUGUUGACACACAUCAUGGCCAGCUCAGUCCACAAGAGAGAAGGACAAUCGAUGCAAUUGUAAAGGCAAGUGAAUACCCUCUAUCGAUCAUUUUAGUUGGAGUUGGUGAUGGACCUUGGGAGAUGAUGAGGGAGUUUGAUGACAACAUCCCUGCUCGAGCCUUUGACAAUUUCCAGUUUGUGAAUUUUACAGAAAUAAUGUCCAAAAAUGUGAGUCAGUCCAGAAAAGAGGCAGAAUUUGCUCUUGCAGCAUUGAUGGAAAUACCUUCUCAAUACAAAGCAACUAUUGAGCUUGGCUUAUUGGGCAAUCACCACAGAGGGAAUGCACCAGAGAGGGUUCCUUUGCCCCCACCACUUUACGGUCAAACUUCUUCAAGCAAAUCAAAAGCUUCCCGUUCAAGCAGCUUCCAGCAGCGUGUACCUUCUUACUCUGCAUAUGAUACACCAGUAAGCGGAUAUGAAACAACAGCAGAGAAGGCUUCAUCUUUAUAUGAUACACCAGUUAGUGGAUAUGAAACAACAGCAGAGAGGGCUUCAUCUUCUAGCUCUGUGUAUGAUAAUCAGGUUUGCCCCAUUUGUCUCACUAAUCCAAAGAACAUGGCCUUCGGUUGUGGGCAUCAGACUUGUUGUGAUUGUGGAGAAGACCUCCAAGUGUGCCCCAUAUGUCGAGGCCCAAUACAGGCUAGAAUCAGGCUCUAUUAGUAAAUCUCAAUGCGUUCUCUGAGAUCAUAUCUGCUCCCUGCAUGUUUGGUUCGGUGGGAGCUGAAUCAAAUGCUCAUUAUUCUGAAUAGCCAUUCAACAGUGUUUCUUCGGAAAGCAGGGAAAAGAAAUGGUUUAUAAAUAACCUUCAAGAACCAGUUUUAAGAUUGUGCAGAGUUGAUUUGUUUCUUGGUGGAUGUAUUUUUCGGCGAGGACAAACGCGAAACUAGUUAGAUUUAUGCAAUCUUGUAUAGAUCAUGGCGGAGUACUCUGCCCAAGACGUGUGUUUCAUAAGUUGGUUUUGCAAAAAGGAGUUAAUGAACUACACUUGGAUUAGGAUGAGGUAGGUUUUUCUUAGCUGUUGAUAAACAAAAACUAAAAUCCAUUUUUUUUUAAUAUGUAUAUAUUUGUGGUGUUAUUUCUGUUUUUGGACAA